AUGGUAAACAACAGUUCUACCUUUUGGGGAAUAAAACAUGAUCAUCAGGCUGAUUUACUCUGCGGCAAGCCAGCUGAUUACUUUGCAACAAAAGAAAAUUUUCCAGUACUCGUAUGUGCCAUUACUGUUUUGGGAGGAGUUCUGAGGAUGAUUUUAAAGAAUUCUGAUGUCUUUGUCUUCAUAGUUCUUUCCUUAUUAGGAUUUCUGACAGGACAACUGGCCAACCAUUUUGUUGAGGUGCAUCAACUUGUCUAUCCUCUUCUAAGAACACCAAGUUUUUCACUUUAUUCUUAUUUUUUACCUUUAAUCAUAUUUCUGGCUGCUUUGGAUGUGGACUUUUAUAUAGUCAAGAAUAUGUUUUGGCAGGUCAUGUUAACUGGAGCCAUUAGCCUUUGUACAGCAGUUACUAUAAUUGGAUAUGUGGUCAUGAAAUUCAAUAAUGAGUCCUGGGAUAUACAGUGCAGCUUACUCUUCAGCAUCACCCUUUGUAUUAUAGACCCUCUUCACUCAGUGAACUCGCUGAAACCUAUUGACAUAUCUAAGAUAUAUGUAGAUAUCAUUAGAGGAGAAUCAUUGAUCAUUUGUAGUAUCACAUGCAUUUUUUUUGGAAUUUUUCGGGGUGAAUCAAACUACAUUUCAGUGUUUACAGAGCGACAUUUAGUCAUGGGACUCGUCUUCGACAUUUUUGGAAGCAUAAUAGGUGGAUAUUGGUGUGCAAGAGCCAUUCAGUUUAUAUUGACGGACCCUUUUAACAAUACACUGACUAAUGUUGUUCUCUGUUUUUCCCUGGUGUACAUGACUUACUACCUUGUGGAAUAUUUUGGAAUGUCAGGCAUUGUUGCUUUGGUCACUGUGGGACUAAAUUUAGAUUCUUUAAGCUUUAAACCCAGGAUGGAGUUCAUAAUCACUAAGUUCUUAAUAAUGUGUGUAUCUGUAUAUGAAUAUUUGAUAUAUGCUUUCUUUGGCAUUGUGAUUGGAUGUGGAAAUGUCAAAUAUUUUAGAUUUCACUCCUUCGUUUUCACUGUCAUCUUAUAUAUAACAGUGAAUAUUGUAAGGUUGUUAACUAUUAUUUUAGUGAGCCCUAUUUUGAUGCACUCAAGUUAUGAGUAUAAUUGGCAAUGGGGAGUUGUCAUUUCAUGGACUGGAAUUAGAGGAGUUUUUAGCUUGCUCUUGGCUCCAGAGAUUUAUAAUUUUGCUGAACAAAAAAUAGCUGCACCACAUUUGCUUAUAUUCUAUAUACUAACAACAUCACUAUUGACUAUGGGAAUAAAUUCACAUAUGAUGCUUCAUUCAGCUAGAAUAUUAGGUUUGUGCGCCAUUUCCCUCCCAAGACAAAUGGCCAUGCAAAAUGCCAUUCAGCACAUCCAGCAGAUAAUACGGAACACAAUAAAUUUAUCUAAGACGGAAAAAAUUUUGACAAAUGUUAAUUGGAAUAUUGUAGAAGAAAAGGCAAAGAUCGAAUACAAUCCUUUUUCCCAUGUUUCACAUGAUAAAGACAAGUCGGCAACAGAUGAAGUUUUGAUAGAAGAAGCCAGAUUGCAUGUGGCUAUAAUACAGAUGAGCAGCUUUGAAAAACAGUGUAAUGAUGGCAUCCUUGCCGUAGAUGCAGCUCGGAUACUAAUUGGUGCAACCAAAAGCUAUUGUCCCAUCCAUGGAAAAUUCAUGAGUAUUUCUGAUGUUUCAACUUAUGUAAAAGCUAGAAGUUGGAUUAUAAAGUUUAAAGCCAUAUUGACUUUCUUGGAAUAUCAUAGAGAACAUGCAUUAUAUAUUUCACCUAGGAGUCAUAAAUUUCUGAUUUUUGUGCAUCGCAUUGUAUUUUCAAAUGCAUAUGAAUAUGCAACACAUGUUGUAACCAUAAUGUAUAUUUAUCCUAUGAUAAUACAUAUAAAUCCAGUGGCAAGAGAAUUAAAUGUUUCAACAUUGCUAUCAAUAAACUACUAUUUUAUGCUUUUAUAUAUAGUAGAAUUAACAUUCAAGAUUCUAAUUUUAAAAAGGAGCUAUUUUCUACAAUAUUGGAAUACUUUGGAUUUUGUCAUUGUGGUUAUUGGGAUCAUUGAUAUCUUAUGCUUGUACUUUGUCACACUGAAACCAAACAGUUUGCCUCUUAUUCAGUUUACAGUGAUAUUUGGAUAUCUAAGAGUAAUUAGAUUUCUUCCCAUUUUCAAGAUUAUAAUACCAAUACUAAUAAAUAUUGCAGAUGUGCAGGUCAAAAAGAGCCUUAGCUUGAUGUAUACUAUUACAAAAGGCUAUGUCAAAAGCCAAGAAGAUGCUAAACUUUUAAUAAGGCAAAUUUCUAGCCGAGACUCAAUCUAUCAGAAAUUACAUGAAAUUUUGGACAAAAAUAAAGAUGAUGCUAUUAGGGGCCUCGGGCGCAUAGAGCACGAGGGUCGUGAUGUAGUCAUUGCUUUGAAGACCAAGCAGGCUAUCCGGAAUGUUAUUGCUAAAGCUCUGAAAAAUCUCACCUUCCUUUGGUCUAGAGGCAUUAUCGAUAAGCAUGAGGGCAUCGAGAUGAAUAAGGUACUUCUUAAAAAAAUAAAAGCACUGAAUAGCUUUCCAAUGGCUAUCCCACCUCCCACUCCUGACAAAUACCUUUCUAACAUCAUUUGGAUGGAAAAUAAAGAUGUUUUUAUUGAGUUCUUCAAGGACAGAGCCAGACUUACCUAUUUUGACUAUGGUAAUAUCAUUUGUAGAGAAGGUGAAAUGCCUCAAGGAAUCUACCUAAUUAUUUCAGGAAUGACAAGUUUGCAUAGUUCAUCUCCUACUUUUGGAAUAGAUAGCAACCCAAGAGAUGACACAGAGAUCAAGACACUGUAUACAGAAUAUUGUACAAGUGGGGAUAUUCUUGGCGAGUUGAGCUGCUUGCUUAAGCAUGAAGUUGAAUAUACUGCUGUCUGUGAAACUACAUUACAGGCCUUCUUCAUCUCCCUGGAAGACUUGUAUGAAGGCAUUGAUAUCUUCUGGCCAUCUCUGGAAUAUAGAAUAUGGCUCAAACUUGCCCUGGGUAUUGCAAAUCAGUAUUUUGAACAAACUCUUGCUGAUGAGGACUUAUCGUUUCAGAACUGUGUGAUGUUCAAUCUUGUGUAUGUGGAGACUUUAUCAAGCUAUAAUGAGAUGGCUAUCAAUACUGUGACCAUGAAGUUUGUGAUUGUUGUGUAUGGCAAUGUAAUUAAUAGUAAGACGGAAGAGCCAUAUCUCGCACCUUACAUUAUUCCUAAAACCUGUGAUCAGAUUCAGGGCAUUGCAGAUGUAAGCAAACUGCUGAUAAUCCUAACAUCUGAGCCUACGACAGGUGACAUGAUUGCCCAUGGCAUAGGUGGGGCCCUGAUGAAUGGAUUUAAGGCAAUUAUCACAAAUGGAAGCCAUGGACUGGAUCUAGCCAGUCUUCUGGAUUUGGACUCUGGCAUAUUUUCUCUUGAAAAAUCUAAAUUAGCCAUCAUGGAGAAACAGAAAAUUCUUAAUUUAGUUUUUCUGUUCAAUGCAUGUGUCUGGUUCACCACAGGUCUUCGAACCACCAAGAAAGACUAUAACUGGAAGAAGAAAGAUGAGCAAGAUAUGAUAGUUUAG